AUGGCUGUUUCCGGAGAAGCUGAUCACAAACUCUGUGGCUUUCUCUGUGCCGUUCUCUCCGUCGAUUCUCCUGGACUUUCUCUCGGCUCCUCUUGUUUCAUCUUCAAUGAUGGUUCCGUCACCGGUUUCAAAUCCGAGGACGGCUUGAUCUUAUCCCUCAUCAAUCCCACCUCUAAUCUCAAAUCCCUAAUUGCCGAAGGAGAUGCGGAUGUUGAGAAUUGUGGCGGAACAAUCGAAGACGGUAAAUUGGAGGCUACACCGAAACGCCGGAAAUAUCAGAAAUCGAAGAAGCGAGGUUCCUCCUCCGGGAGCAAAAGCUCUCCGCCGGAGAAGAGCGGAUGGGGAAGGAAGAAGGUGAGGAGUCUAGGCAUGGUGAAUGGAAGCAUUAGUGUAGUGCAGCAGCUUCACGCUCUGGUCGCCAACAGAUGUUUGAAGAUCUCAUGUAGAGUUGUGAAGGCUGAUAAGGACGAGAACAACGGAGAGGAAAGAGCUGUGGUGUUAGUGGAUGUUUUUCUUCCUGUUGCAUUGUGGUCAGGAUGGCAAUUUCCUAAAUGCCACGCUACUGCUGCUGCCUUGUUUAAGCACUUGAGCUGUGACUGGGGACGGAGAAGCUCAAUCCUUAACGGGGAAAGUAUUUGGGAAGAGGCCAAUGGAAGAGUAAAGGCCAUAUGGGAUUUAUCUGACUGCCAUGUGUUUGAUUGCAAAUUACACUGUACUGCCCCAGAUUCUCCAGAAAGAAGAUUAUUUAAACUACAUGAGAUCUUUAAGAGCUUGCCCAGUCCAGUAUAUAAUGGUGUGUUUGAUUCUUCUCGAGUAUUACCAUCCACUGAUUCUUGUUCAUCUGGCAUUUGGGAUCUCUCAGAUGACGUUAUGAUUAGCAUACUGAUGAAACUUAACCCGAAGGACCUUAUUAGCAUUGCAGGAGUCUGCCGUCUCUUGAGAUCAUUGGCCUUUCUGAUUGUGCCAUGUAUGAAUUUAAAACUCUUUCCUCACCAGCAGGCAGCAGUUGGUUGGAUGUUGGAGCGUGAGAAGAAACCUGCAGUUUUCUCACAUCCCCUGUACUUGAACUUUGAGACUGAGGAUGGGUUUAGUUUCUGUAUAAAUGUUGUGUCUGGUGAUAUACUCUCUGAGGCAGCUCCUAUGGUCAAGGAUUUCCGUGGGGGAAUGUUCUGCGAUGAGCCAGGUCUAGGUAAGACGAUAACAGCAUUAUCCCUUAUUCUAAAGACGCUGGGAACAAUGGCUGAUCCGCCUGAGGGACUUCCUGUCGUUUGGUGUACACAUCAAGGUGAACAAAAAUGUGCUUAUUAUGAGUGCACGAGUGACCAGUUUACUUCUAAUGGUAUGUUUACUGUUAAGAGGUUUCUAAGUCCAAGUAGCUGUCGAAGCCAGUUAUCUCUUGAAGCAUUCAGUCCGCUGCUGGAGUCAAAAUCUUUGCCACUUGAGAAAGCUAGGCUGAUGGAUUCAGAUGGUCAAACUUUUGAGUCUGAAACUCCCAUCCAUACUUCUCUAGAUCUAGAAGCUCAAAGUAGAAAGAGCUUGGGUAAUGUCAGUAAAAAUCUGUUGCAUGCAUAUAAUAGUGCAUCUGAUUCUGAAGUGAUGGAAGCUAAGAGAGUUGGUAGUUGGAAGACAUGUGGUAGGAUAACUGGUUGUAAGAGAAAGGGUCCUACUGAUUCGGGUGUGGAAAACGAGGUUUGGAUACAGUGUGAUUCUUGCUCGAAGUGGCGGAGAAGAAUAGAUGAAGGUGAAUCUGUUGCUGGUUCUGCAUGGUUUUGUAUCAACAAUGGUGACCCUGCAUUCCAAAGCUGUAAUGAUCCUGAAGAACUGUGGGAUAGAUCUGAACCUAUGAAUUACUUGCAAGGGUUUUAUACUAAGGGAGCUUCGGGUGAAAAAAGUGACAAUGUCUCUUUCUUCACCAGUGUCCUUAGGAAACACAAGUCUUCAGUAAAAUCAACCGUAAGGAAAGCCUUAAUGUGGCUUGCUAAACUUCCUCUUGAGAAGCUCUCACAGAUGGAAACAGUUGGCUUGCCAGGUCCACUGUUGGGUAGCUGUUUGAAUCAAGAUGUCCUUGCAUUCAAGAGAAUAUUUCGAGCAUUUGGUCUUACGAGUAGAGUUGAAAAGGGUGUCACUAGAUGGUAUUAUCCGAAGUUGCUUGAGAACUUAGUAUUUGAUGUACCUGCCCUCAAGGUUGCUCUCUGUCAGCCGCUGGAUACAUUUAGAUUGUAUUUGUCAAAAGCAACUCUCAUUGUUGUGCCUGCAAAUCUAGUUGAUCACUGGAAAACACAAAUCCAGAAACAUGUCAGCCCUGGUCAGCUACGUAUCUUAGUUUGGACUGACCUUAAGAAACUUUCUCCGCACAGCUUGGCUUGGGACUAUGAUGUUGUGAUCACAACUUUCAGUCGCUUAAGUGCAGAAUGGAAUCCUCGGAAGAAAAGCCCAAUGAUCCAAGUGCAUUGGCUGAGGGUCAUGCUAGAUGAAGGACACACCCUUGGUUCUAGUCUCAGUUUGACAAAUAAAUUUCAGAUGGCUGUCUCUCUGACAGCUUCUAGUCGUUGGUUACUGACAGGAACACCAACCCCGAACACGCCAAAUAGCCAGCUUUCGCAUCUCCCAUCUCUUUUGAAGUUUCUUCACGAGGAAGUAUAUGGAGAAAAUCUAAAGUUUUGGGAAGCUGGCAUCCUUAGACCAUUUGAAGCAGAAAUGGAGGAGGGUCGCUCGCGUUUACUUCAGCUACUUCAGAGAUGCAUGAUAUGUUCAAGAAAGAAAGAUCUGCGGAUGAUUCCUCCGUGUAUCAAGAAGUUGACGUACAUUAAUUUCGUCCCAGUGCAUGCAAAGAGCUACAAUGAACUAGUGGAGACAGUUAGGCGUAAUAUUCUACUUGCUGAUUGGAAUGACCCGUCUCAUGUUGAAAGUCUGCUUAACUCUAAACAGUGGAAAUUACGAAGCACUACCAUUAAUAAUGUCAGACUAUCUUGCUGUGUGGCUGGGCAUAUUAAGAUGACUGACGCUGGUCAUGAUAUCAAAGAGACAAUGGAUGAGUUAGCUCAAAGUUGUCUGGACCUUUCGACCGAGGAGUAUUCUUUUAUCGAAAAUAGCCUUAUUGGUGGCUGUAACUGUAAAAGAUGUGGGGAAUGGUGCCGACUCCCUGUAAUCACUCCAUGUAGGCACCUACUGUGCCUGGAUUGCGUUGCUGUUGAUAGCGAAAGGUGUACUUUUCCUGGUUGUGGAUACUUAUAUGAGAUGCAAACUCUGUUGGCUCGACCAGAAAAUCCUAACCCAAAAUGGCCUGUGCCUAAGGAUCUUAUUGAGUUACAGCCUUCAUAUAAUCAGGAUAACUGGAAUCCUGUCUGGCAAUCUACGUCCAGCAGUAAAGUCAUGUAUCUUGUGGACAGGCUGAGAAAGUUACAUGAGGGUAAUGAAAAAAGCAUUUUGUCUUUCAACAAGGCUAAAAAUGACAACCUGGAAGAAAAUCUCCUUGGUAUCUCGAGCGACUCUAUGGGCCAGGAAUUCCAGGGGCAAGAUUUAGGAUCUCAGAUGGCACUUGUUGAUAAAGUAUUGAUCUUCUCUCAGUUUCUCGAGCAUAUUAACGUGAUAGAACAACAGUUGACAAUUGCUGGCAUCAAGUUUGGUAAAAUGUACAGUCCAAUGCAUUCAGCUAAUAAGAUGAAAAAUCUGGCCAUGUUCCAGCAAGAUGUUGAAUGCAUGGCACUACUGAUGGAUGGAAGUGCUGCCUUAGGUCUUGAUUUGAGCUUUGUUACACAUGUAUUCCUGAUGGAACCAAUCUGGGAUAAAAGCAUGGAAGAGCAAGUUAUCAGUCGUGCUCACCGGAUGGGGGCAAAGCGACCUAUUUAUGUAGAAACCUUAACCAUGCGUGGCACGAUUGAAGAGCAAAUGGUGAAAUUCCUAGAGGAUUCUGAAAAGAGUGAUAGAUUAUUGAGUGGAGAUUACAUGAAAGUGGAGCAGGAGUCGACACGAAGCCGGCGCACACUACACGAUUUGGCAGAGAGCAAUUACCUGUCGCAUCUUGGCUUUGUCCGAUCAGAUGGCAACACAUAA